AUGGCCAAUUGGCCAUUCUGUCGUCCAACGGAUGGCUAUAAAGUGGCCGAAUGACAACCCAACCUGACGACUUCCUCUCCAGACUCGCACUGACGAACUGGACACCAUGAAGAGCACUAUUACAUGUAUUUUGGUUUUAUUGGCUGUGGCCUGCACUCGAGCUAGAAAUGUUAUUAAUCCAGCCAGUCAACCCGAUAUUUCGUCACCUUCGUUUCCCAGUGGACAGUGGAACACACAGGACGAAAUUGGCCAGGCCAGUUUCGGCUAUUCCUACCCCGGCCAUCAGGCUGCCAGUAACGUUCGUGAUUCUGCUGGUAACAUGGCCGGUUCUUGGGCUUAUGUCAACCCAGAAGGGAAAUUGGUCAACGUCUCCUACACCGCCGAUGAACGAGGUUUCCGCGUCUCCUCCAAUGUUUUGCCAGCAGCAGCCGCUCCUGUGGCCGAUUUGGCAGUAGAACCAGUUGUGACCGGCCGCAAUCCUACCAAGGCUGCCUCCGUUCCAGUUGAUUCCAUUGUCAAUGACGGUGAUUGCAUUGGCAACCGUCCAGCCCGCUCGAAAAGGCAAACUGGUGAUGAAACGAACUUAGGAAAUAGAAAUCCUAUUGCCAGUAAACUUGAAGAAUUUAAUUAUUCAAACAACAAGUAUACGGAAGAAACGGGCCGGAACCAAUACCCUUUCAUGGCAGCGUUGCUGAAAUACGACGAGGCGUCACGGCGAUACAAGUUGGCCUGCGGUGGAUCGUUGAUUAGCGCCACUAAAAUCCUGACCGCUGCCCAUUGCGUCAUUCAAAACGAAACAAUUCCAGCGUUUGACAAAUUGCUGGUCAAACUGGGCGUGCACUUUUUGAACGAAACAGCGGACGAUGCCGAAGUCACAAGCCGAAUCAAUCAUGAUAGACAUUCACGAAAACUACGACCAACUAACGAAGUUCAACGACAUCGCCAUAGUGACGCUCCAAUCGCCCGUCGAAUUCACCAACAAAGUUUCGACCGUCUGCGUGCCGAAAGCGUGCCACCAAGGCGGCUAUUCCGGCUACGCGCUGACUUUGGGAUGGGGAAACGCCAAGGAAGGUUAAAGAAACUAGGAUGUCCUCCGCCAAACGACCGCUGAGAUGGCCGGCAACGAAUGGUGUACUGAGACUCACAUGCGCAGAAAAGAUGAAUUAGCCGACCAUAUGAUGUGCGCCAUUGCGACUCGAGAAUUUUGUCAGAAUUACGACGGCGGACCGUUGAUCCUGCGAUCAUUCUUAGAAACCCAAGACUGCCCCUGGGUUCAAUUUGGCAUUCUGAUUCACGGAAGUGGAUGCUCUGGAAGGAAUGAGCCGAGUGUUUACACCACAUUGACGUCAUUCUGAACCUGGAUCGAUAAUAAGGUGAAUCCGUG